CUCGUUACAGCCAGAGAUUACAGAGUGCGCGGGGAGAAUCAUCCGGUACAUCUCGAAGUGGCCGACUGGUACUUUAUUAACGCUCACAAUAACACAUGUGCGCAGAAGGAAGCAUUUUCGGGAUUUUGAUCUGAAGGAAAGAACAACAUAUUAUUUGUUGGAAUACUACUUUUCAACGUUAUUCUCCCUGUGAAAUUAAAGACUGAUCUGCGUUUUAUCUUUGGCAUUUCGGUGUCCUCGUGCUCAAUUGGACAUCAUUUUCAGAACCUGAAUUGGGAGUUUCUUUUUGGCAACGAGUAAUAAUGUUACUGUCCAAAUUUGGCUCAUUUUCCCAUAUUUGCAGCACGUCCAACAUGGAUUUGCCAGUGAAAAUACAGCUUCAGCAAGUGAAGGUGGAGAAGGAGCCAUUCGAUAAAAUAUACCAGGUGGGAUCUGUACUAGGAAGCGGGGGAUUCGGUACGGUCUACGCUGGUAGUCGGAUUUCAGACUGUUUGCCGGUUGCUGUAAAACAUGUAGCUAAAGAGAGAGUUACGGAAUGGGGUACCCUUAACGGUUCAUUGGUGCCUCUGGAGAUUCUGCUCUUGAAAAAGGUGGGAACCACUUUCCGAGGCGUUAUAAAGCUGAUUGAUUGGUACGAGCGACCCGAUGGCUGGUUAAUAAUCAUGGAACGACCGGAGACUGUCAAGGAUUUGUUUGACUAUAUAACCGAGAAAGGGGCUUUGGACGAAGACUCAGCGCGUGGAUUUUUCCGUCAGGUCUUGGAAGCGGUACGACAUUGCUACAAUUGUGGCGUGGUCCAUAGGGACAUCAAAGAUGAGAACCUGCUCGUGGAUCUACGUAGCGGAGAACUCAAACUCAUUGACUUUGGUUCGGGGGCGAUUCUCAAGGACACCGUUUAUACAGACUUUGACGGCACGAGAGUAUACAGUCCGCCAGAGUGGAUCCGAUUCCAUAGGUAUCACGGGCGGUCUGCAACGGUCUGGUCACUUGGCGUGCUGCUGUAUGACAUGGUGUGUGGUGACAUACCCUUUGAACAAGAUGAGGAGAUCCUCGGGGGAUGCCUGUUCUUCAGGAGGAAAGUGUCUACCGAGUGUCAGCAACUGAUCAAGUUGUGCCUCUGCCUCAGGCCCUCUGACAGACCCACACUGGAGCAGAUCUUUGACCACCCAUGGAUGCGUGUCCCAAUCGACGACUCAAAAACAGAGGGGUGUGACAUCACCCUGCAUGCAAUUACACCCGACUCCUCAUCAAGCACAAACUCAAGCAAAGAGAGCCUCUGAUUGGGCAACCUUGUUGUGUGAAGGGGACAUUUUUGCAGACCUGUGGACUUGUGGGUCCUCAGUCUCGAAUAGAGCGAGUUAACAGGACUUUUCGUUGGCAACUAUAAUUUAAGGUUUUCCCUCUAACUUUGUCAUUGUUGUUUUGAGGAAAUGUUUCCUCACCUGGGAACUUGUUACUUGGGUGGUUUGACCAGCAUUCUUUUAUUUCAAGAUUUAUUUUUAGCUGGUUCAUGUUCUGUAACCCCCUUAUAUCAGAUCUCCUGGCUGCUCUUAUAGAGUAUGAACUCUGUUUUUGUAUUUUCAUUGAUUUGGAGUGCCUUUAUUUUUUUGCUGCUUUGGUGUGGCUGUAGUCAUAUGAAACUUGUGUUGGGUUGUCUGUUGCUUGAGAAAUACCUAACCAGAGUAACCCCGUCUCGCUAAGAGCCAAUCCCAUGACAGGACCAUGUGACGCAGGAUCCCGCCCACCGACAUGGUGGAAUACUUGAAACGCACACUCAUCCACACCACAAACUUUCUGCUGCUCUUUCACUGUAAAUGCCUGCACAGCUGUGUGGAAAUGGGGUUUAUUAUCUGUUUCUCUGAAUGUGUACUGAAAGCAUCAAAACCUCUCUCCCUCAAUGGCUUCGUAGGGUUUCAUACACUUGCGUUUCUGUACCCCAUCUCUGCUGACACUACACAGCACCGGGCUUGGCUGGGACCUGUGUGUGAAAUGCACAAUCAAUGCAAUAUUCAUCGACUUUCUUUUCUUCUUACUAUUAGUAUGUAUAUUUAUGUACAUUCUCCCAUGUAAAAUUAUUUAUUUGUACUAGACAUUCCACACUGUGGCUAUUUAUUUAUUUUAUCAAUUCAUGGAAAUCCCAGAAAUAAAAUUCUACAUGGCCUUUUUUGCAUUCCGGUAAUUUCUCUUUUAGAAAAUAUCACAAUUGUUCUGUUUUGGCUAUCUAUUGAAAAAUAUGAAAACAAAUGAACUUGUGGUUGAUUCAAUUUUAAAUCUCAUUAAUCCCUUCAAUGAGACUGAAAUGUGAGUUUAAAUUCAAAUGGGUGAAGUAAUGGUGGGAGAUUAUUUUUCAUACCAAAAUUUCAAAUAAACCUUUUGUAUAUUA